AUGGGGGGGUUCUAUGUGACAGCGUGUAGUACCGCAGCAGACCAGGCUGCAGAGAGAAUUUCAGAGCUAAGUCUACACGAAUGCUUUCUUCCUUUAAAGACUGUAAGUAUCAAUGACAUCUGGUACAGUUGGUUUCGGGACUACUACAAGAACAAGGCCCUGAUUGAAUGGAAAGGAAGUGAGUACGAGUAUGGAAGGAAUCUUGGGUUGUUGAGGAUUAUUAAUUUUGCAAGCAACAAAUUAACAGGAGAAAUUCCUGAAGAAAUAACACCAUUGUUAGAGGUGAUUGUGCUGAAUUUGUCAAGAAACAAUUUGGCUGGAGUAAUGCCAGAAAAGACUGGUCAGUUGAAACAGUUGCCAUCGCUUGAUUUUUCGGAAAAUCGUUUAUCAGGCAGAAUUCCAACCUCGGGUGAUCUAAAUUUUUUGAGCCAUUUGAACCUGUCCUAUAAUAACUUGCCCGGGAGAAUUCCGUCAAGCACCCAACUUCAGAGCUUUGAUGCUUCGGCUUUUAAUGGUAACCCUGCACUUUGUGGGGCCCCAAUCACCCAAAAAUGUCCUGACACCUCGAAGUCUACCAGCUAAUGAUGGCAGCGAAGAAAAUGUUGAUGAAUUCCAGAAAUGGUUUUGGGAUUUGCUGUACGCUUUUUGGGGGUCUCCGGUUCUUUACUGCUAAGGCGUUCUUGGAGACAUGCCUAUUUCCAAUUCCUGGACAAAUCAUGGAACUGGCUCAGCGUGUAUAAAACCAGACUACAGUGAAAAUUUCUUAUCUGCCAUGUAGACCUUUUCUCUCUCACAAAGCUGGCAAGGUAACAGUGUCUUUCUUCCCUUUACGAAGUUCCCCGGAAAUUUGUUUCAACAAGCUUGCUUCUUUAGAUAAAAUAAUUAAACUUACGCUGAUGCUUUGAUUUUGAAAUCAGGAAUGGUUGUUGUUGCAGAAAAGACAGGUUUUCUUCUGUCUAGGAGGAAGCUUGCAUCGUCCAUCUGUACCUCUGCUUCUACACUUCUACAGCUUGGGCAGUCAAAAUCCUUCGUUUUACUUCAAAUUUGUCCAAAUUACAGUUCUGUAUAAAUGAUAUUGUGCAGUAGAGAGAUUAUCUGAAGCCUGGUGUACAUAUAAUAAGCCUUUAAGAUUUGCAUGAAAGGGAAAGAGCAUGACAUAGUAAUCUACUAUGAUGUUUCAAUUUGCAAACUAUCACAGAGAGAACAACUCUGCUUCUUGUUUGCCUCAGUUUCAACAUUGGCGAUCAAGCAGAUUAAGUUUCAAGGUUCAAUAUAAAGAAGACAAA